AUUAAACAAAGGUCACAUUCUGUGUAUAAUAAUGGAAAAUUCACUUAUUUUAGCUUGUUGAAUGUUGCUCAUAUCGUCAGCGAAUUUGAUAUAAUGAUGGCUUUAAGAGGCAUGGAUCUUCUUAUAGAAGAAAAACUUUCUGAAAUUCGUAAGAUAGAAUUUAUAGAAAAAGCCAUUGUCGCAAAGUUUCAUAUAUUAGGGAAUAGUGAAUCUGAAAAUUUAGAUCUUGAUGAUGCUAUAAGAAACAUUGAAGUGACACUUGGAUUUGAGCAACGGCAUGGCAUCAUCAUUGGACAUAAGACAAAAGCCGCUUGUCAGUUG